ACAUGACAUUAACAAAGAUGGCGCUGGGUGAGAUAGAAAAGUGAUGAGGGCAACAAAACGAUUGAACUAUAAAACAGUGUAUUUAUUAACUUUUUCGGCGACUAAUUUGUGCCAGGACCGUGUUUUGGCGUCGGGAGGAACUCGAGCAUUUUUUGGGGGGGAAGCUCACAGAGGUGAGUGGAUCUAGAAUAUCUGGACAAGUGGAAGUGUUUGCCAAGUAGCAGUUGAAGUAGCCUGGCUAGCGGGAGGGAGCUGACUGCGGAAGCCAGCCUGGUCGGGACUGCACUGCGGCUCAGGUCAUUCCGAACAGGCGACCUCACCGCCUGAGAGCAGCGCUGUAAAGGAGGUAGAAAGACGUCUUCUUAGCCGAGUUGACGCCAUGGCUCACUCCCCGUUACAAAGUGGGCUUACAGGCAUUCAGAACCUCAAAGCUGAUCCAGAGGAGCUCUUUACCAAGCUGGAGAGAAUAGGCAAAGGCUCUUUUGGUGAGGUGUUUAAAGGCAUCGACAAUCGUACACAGAAGGUCGUGGCCAUUAAAAUUAUUGACCUGGAAGAAGCAGAAGAUGAGAUCGAGGACAUCCAACAGGAAAUCACAGUUCUCAGCCAGUGUGACAGUCCUUUUAUCACCAAGUACUUUGGAUCCUAUCUCAAGGGAACAAAGUUAUGGAUUAUUAUGGAAUAUCUUGGCGGAGGAUCUGCCCUCGAUUUGUUGGAACCAGGCUCCCUCGAUGAAACCCAGAUUGCCACAAUUUUGAGAGAAAUCCUGAAGGGGCUCGAAUAUCUGCACUCUGAAAAGAAAAUUCACAGAGAUAUCAAAGCAGCCAAUGUGUUGCUGUCAGAACAAGGCGACGUGAAACUGGCGGACUUUGGCGUGGCGGGACAGUUGACUGACACCCAGAUAAAAAGGAACACGUUUGUUGGUACUCCUUUCUGGAUGGCACCUGAAGUCAUAAAGCAAUCGGCUUACGAUUCAAAGGCAGACAUCUGGUCGUUAGGAAUAACAGCAAUAGAACUGGCAAAAGGAGAGCCGCCCCACUCAGAGCUCCAUCCCAUGAAGGUCUUAUUCCUCAUCCCAAAGAACAAUCCACCCACGCUGGAAGGAAACUAUAGUAAACCACUCAAAGAAUUUGUUGAAGCCUGUUUGAAUAAAGAGCCUAGCUUUAGACCGACUGCCAAAGAGCUGUUAAAACACAAGCUGAUUAUACGUCACGCCAAGAAGACGUCCUAUCUGACCGAAUUGAUCGACAGGUUCAAGAGGUGGAAAGCAGAGCAGUCGCGAGAAGAGUCCAGCUCUGAGGAUUCCGAUGAGGAGACACAAGGCGAAGCGUCUGGAGGCAAAGAUGAUGACUGGAUCUUCAACACCAUCAGGGAGAAGGACCGGAAAAAGGUUCCGAACGGAGCCAUACAGCCGGCUGAGUUGGAAAUUAAUCCGGUGCAGGAGAGUCCAAAGAGGCCUUUGUCACAAAGCUUAUCAUCAAUCUUCUCUCCUUUGUUUUCUGAGCUGAAGGACAAGGGUGAAACCAGCAAUGGCAAGCCGGAGGCUACAGAGGCGCUACGGGAGGCCGUUUUCCUGGCUGAAGACAUACAUCCUGGUGUGUGUGACUCUCUGGUGGCUGAACUGGUGCAGAGACUUCAGAGGUUCUCAGUGCCUCAGGCGGCUGCCACUCAGUGAGAAGAAGCACAUGCAGCUCAGCUUCAGACUUCCAUAAUAGGAUCUAGUCUCCAUCACUCAUUAGCCUGCUAGUGCACCAGCACACCACUAGAGGGCGCCAGUCCAGUGUUUCUGCUCGACUUCAGCCAUCUUUCUCUCAGCCCUGUUUAGGACAGUUUGUGUGAGUGUGUGUGUGUGUGUGUGUGUGUGCGAAAUGAGUGCUGUGAGAUGUUGUUUUCAAACUCAGGUAUCCUGCUUUGAAGGUGUUGUGGGAGAUAAAGAUGAGCUCUACAGGAUGAUUGUACAAAGGUGUAAAUAAGCACAUUUCUACAGAUGAUAAUAAUAGUGCUUGUACAAAUGGCCAAAUGCAGACUGUAGAUAUUGUUUGAGGACUAGAAAGGCCGCACAUGAGAUGGCCUUCUUCUUUUGUAUAUGAUUGCUCUUUGAUUUCUCAAAUUACCUUGCUGGAAUCCUGUUUGGAGAAUGUAACAGUAGCUUUACUAUUUGACUAUGUCUUCUUCAGAGACAAUACUGUGGACGUUCAACUUGGACGGAACGUAGAGUAGUCUGUGUACAGCUUGUGUGGCGGUACAGUGGAAAUAUGUCACUGGCGCCCAUGAAGACAUCACUGGUGGACGUUGGCCACCUUCUGUUAAGUUCAAGUACCAAUGAUUGUCACACACACACACACACUAGGUGUGGUGAAAUGUGUCCUUUGCAUUUAA